AUGGCGACUGCGGUGAGCAAGGCUCCCGAGAAUGCUGACCUGUGGUCCUCGCACGAGAAAAUGCUGGCACAGCCCCUGAAAGACAACGACAUUGAGGUUUACAACAUCAUUAAGAAGGAGAGUCAGCGGCAGCGGGUUGGACUGGAGCUCAUCGCCUCGGAGAAUUUCGCCAGCCGCGCCGUUUUGGAGGCCCUGGGCUCCUGCUUAAAUAACAAGUACUCGGAGGGGUACCCCGGCCAGAGGUACUACGGCGGGACCGAGUUCGUCGAUGAGCUGGAGACCCUCUGUCAGAAGCGAGCGCUGCAGGCCUAUGGUCUGGACCCCCAGUGCUGGGGGGUCAACGUCCAGCCCUACUCGGGCUCCCCUGCCAACUUCGCGGUAUACACCGCCCUGGUGGAACCCCAUGGGCGCAUCAUGGGCCUGGACCUGCCUGACGGAGGCCACCUGACCCACGGGUUCAUGACAGACAAGAAGAAAAUCUCUGCCACGUCCAUCUUCUUUGAAUCCAUGCCCUAUAAGGUGCACCCGGACACUGGCUACAUCAACUACGAGCAGCUGGAGGAGAAUGCCCGCCUCUUCCAUCCGAAGCUCAUCAUCGCAGGAACCAGCUGCUACUCCCGGAACCUGGACUACGCGCGCUUGCGCAAGAUUGCCGAUGACAACGGGGCGUACCUCAUGGCCGACAUGGCGCACAUCAGCGGGCUGGUGGCGGCUGGCGUGGUGUCCUCCCCCUUCGAACACUGCCACGUGGUGUCCACCACCACCCACAAGACCCUGCGAGGCUGCCGCGCCGGCAUGAUCUUCUACCGGCGAGGAGUGCGCAGCACGGACCCCAAAACCGGCAAAGAGAUCCUGUACAACCUGGAGCCGCUCAUCAACUCCGCCGUGUUCCCAGGGCUGCAGGGCGGGCCCCACAACCACGCCAUUGCCGGGGUGGCCGUGGCGCUGAAGCAGGCCAUGACGCCGGAGUUCCGCAUGUACCAGCGCCAGGUGGUGGCCAACUGCAGGGUGCUGGCCGCGGCCCUGAUGGAGCUGGGCUACAAAAUAGUCACAGGUGGUUCUGACAACCAUUUGAUCCUCGUGGAUCUCCGUUCCAAAGGCACAGAUGGUGGCCGGGCUGAGAGGGUGCUAGAAGCCUGUUCUAUUGCUUGCAACAAGAACACCUGCCCAGGUGACAGAAGCGCCCUGCGGCCCAGUGGGCUGCGGCUGGGGACCCCGGCACUGACGUCCCGAGGACUCCUGGAACCGGAGUUCCGGAAAGUAGCCCACUUUAUCCACAAAGGGAUAGAACUGACUCUGCAGAUCCAGAAGGCUGUUGGGGACAAGGCCGGCCUGAAGGAGUUCAAGGAGAAACUGGCAGGGGAUGAGCAGCACCGCGGGGCCGUCCGGGCCCUCCGGGAGGAGGUGGAGAGCUUCGCGUCUCAGUUCCCUCUGCCCGGCCUGCCGGCCUUCUAG